UCUGAUCUUCAAAAAGGACAAUUUCUGAUUCAUAAAAACAUAGUACUAACACCAUCGUUGUCUGUAAUUUCUACAGAGGAACGUUCUUUACAUCGAUGUGCUGCUGAAUGUUUAAAAAGAAAAUCUUGCUGCGUUUGCAGUUAUGAUGAAAGUACAAGAGUUUGUGUUAUUGAAACAUCGGGUUGCUGCAAUGUUCAAACGAAAUCGUCUCAAGAAUCUGUUGUGAUGGUCAGAGAAAACAAAGAAAGCUUUACAGAUAUUCCACUCGACUGUAGUGACAUUUUGAAAUGUUGGUCAACCAUAAGUGGUGUAUUUACAAUUUACCCCGAAGGUAUAGGUGCACUCAAAGUCCUGUGUGAUAUGAACACCGAUACAGGAGGUUGGACUGUGAUACAGAAUAGAAAUUCCGGCUCAACAAUGUUUUACACAAACUGGGCUCAAUAUAGAAAUGGAUUUGGUAACAUUUCAUCUGAUUUCUGGAUAGGCAAUGAUAAUUUACAUAUGCUGACAUCAAAGAGGAAUUACCACUUGCGAGUAGAUCUAGAGGACUGGGAUGGACAAAGAAGAUAUGCAGUAUACCAGAUUUUCAUGGUUGGAGAUGAAAAUACAAAAUACAAAUUGUCUAUUGGGAGUUACAGAGGAACUGCAGGAGAUAGCCUCUAUUACCAUAAUGAUAUGAAAUUUUCCACAACAGAUUCUGAUAAUGAUUUUCUAACUGAUCCAAAUAUGCAAAGUUGUGCACAACAAUACAAUGGUGGUUGGUGGUACAUGAUUUGUUACGAAGUAAACCUUCAUGGAACUUAUCUAGCUUGGAAAACAUUUGGCGGGACAUACAAUGAUCUAAAACAUUCAAAAAUGAUGAUAAGAGUUUAGAUUUAUAGUGUAUUAUAGAUCCCGAUUUUCUUGAAGAAAUGCAUUGUUAUAAUUGUUAAGUUAGUGAGUCUGACAUACCCCACAAACAGAUUUUGGAAAUUAAAUUUUUACUAAAUAUAGAACUUGAUGUAAGAAUUGUAUAAGAUUUAAAAGAUGCAUGACCCUUCAGAAUUUUGAAAAGAAAGAUUUGUCACUUUUACUUUGAUGUUGUUUCAACCAAAAGUAGCAUUAUUCACAUAUCUCGUUUGAGAGUGUUUGUACACCAUCUUAUGCUAACAAAGUAGAUAGAUAAAUAUUAACGACGUGACAUAAUUCACAAAUUUUUCAUUUUUCUCCGGUUUGUUUUAAAUACGGCAAAAAUAAUCAUAAAAACACAUUUGUUUUAAAUUGUGGGACACAGAGUGGAUUCAAGAUGACGAAUAUAUGUAACUUCAACGCUCAUGUCAUACUAAUGAUAAAAGAACAUUAUACUCAUAUCAACUAAAAAUAUAAACGUUUGAAAUACGAACGAAAAUUAGCCUACAUGGUAAUUUAGUUGAUCUACAACACAUAUGUUUUAAAUAGAUUUGAUAUUAAGCAGCAAUUUAUGCAAAGGGAAUUCACAGUUUUUGUGUUAAUUAUGAGCAUUUUGUAUUUGUAUAUUCAUUCUCCUAAAUAGCUUAAUUUCCUUAUAUUUUGCCGUAUGAGUUGUUAUGAUAAUUUCAAUUGCUCAAAAACAACAUACAUUUUACAACUAUAGCAAAACUAUUUUUUCAGAUUAUAAAAAUGUGUACAAAUCGGCCGAUUAGGUUGUUUUUAAGCGAUCAAAACUUUUGUUAUUUGUUUCAAUAUAUACAUGGUAUAUGUUUUCAUAUAAAGUUAAAAUGUUCAUUGAAGUUUUAGAAUGCGUUAAGAACUAUUUGAAAAUUUCAUUUUACCUAUGUAAAUUAUUGGCAUGCUUUAACUUCUUUUCAGUGUUACCUCAGUGGUUUUACUCAAUAUACUUCUCCACAAAUAUCGUUUUAUGUAAAUAAUAACCCCAGUAUGUAUCCUUUAUUUAUGCACAAAUUGCCUUCCUAAAUGACGUUUCGUCAAUGACCAGUUACGCGACAUUUUUAUAUAUAUUUUCUUACUCUUGAAUAUUACAUAUUGUAAACAUUGUUUCCAGAUUGGUUGAUGGCUUUAAUUUCUCAAAUACAGCACCAGUUAUUGCAAAUAGUGAAGCUUUUUUUCUAAUUUAGAAAAAAAUACGCAUCAGUUGAGUCCAGCUUGUUAUGCAACAAACAUUAUAAUUAUAUAUUUGAAUGGUUCAUAAAAAUUGUGGUUAUGUUAUGCAAACUUAGGGAAACAUCAUUUUCUUACUUACCUAUGUAAACGGAUGACACAUUAUAACUAUUCUUUUCAUUUAUUCUUAUAUGAUUUUCUUCAAACUUUUGCACCAAAAAUGUCUCUAUAGUGUGUGUUCUCCUUGCACAUAUAACCUACCUAAACCGUAUAGGAGCCGUUACGCGAUCUAAAGCAAAUUGGAUAACGGUCCGAAAGUUGGGCACUUUCAUCAUCUUCCGUAUUUCCCCCAUGCCGUAUGUUUUCUGAAUAUCAAAUUCCAAUGGCACUAAUGAGUAAGGGUGCUAACGAAACGGGGAUUUUUUUUUCGAUUACAUAAUUGUGUAAUAAUUCAAUAAAUACAAAAAUAUGGAAAAGUGGUUUAAUAGGAAAUAUUUAUAUAGAUUGCCCGCUGUAGCAGUUAUGGAAACAUUUUUUUUGAAUAAAGAUAUCAGUAAAAGUAUCGUAGUUGUAAAACAGUUUAAAUCUCCAAAUAAGGAAAUUUAUUACAAUUUCAUAUAUUUUUUCAGUUUGACUGAAAAUUUAAGCUCAAAGUUUAUUUCGGAGGAGAGUUCGACUUAGUUUGAGUCUGGUUUACAACAUAAGUUAAACUGUUAAAGGUCGUAUUAAUUUUUGAGUGAAAUUUUGAAUUAAACGUUUAAUUAAAGCCAUUGACCGUUCGAGGGCUUUAAAGCCAGUCAAGGUCGUUAAACACUCCCGUAAUAGUAAAGUUCAGGUUGGUAUUUGACUUCAUUAAAAACUACAGUUUACAGUAGUAAAAAGUUAAUUUAAUCAUUCUUAACAAAAAUAAUAAACCAUAAUAAGCUACUGCAUUCUUCCAGGUUGGAAUAUGCAAUACAGAAAGCUAUAAUCGUUUGUUAUGAGAACAACGAAUGUUUAAAUAACUAUAAGAAAAGGGAAAAGUUACAGUAAGGAAAAUACGUCGCGAAAGUUACUUGAGGGUGUUUUCAUAAUGAGUAAUUUGUACCUUUUUAAAAUAAACUGCUAGUGAUAAGAAACGUCACCAGUUUACGCUUCCGUAUCAUUUAAUGCAUGAGAUAAUUUGAUUCAUCAGCAAAAUCUAGCUUAACUAUUUAUUUGAUAGUGAUUUCACUUUUUCUAGAACACUUUGAUUGUGAUUCUAUAUACGAAUUGCACAAGUGCAUGAUUCAAACAAACCUAACACGAACCAAGUUGAGACGGCCUUUAAAUUCAGAAUAUAGAUUUGCGUUUCUGUUUGUUUAAUGCAUUGUUUCUGUUUUGUGUAUAUAUAUAUGAAUAGAUAGAAGAACACUUUCUAUUGUAUAAUUUGGAAUUAUCAAAAUACUACAUAUGGACGACUUUCUUAAACACGUGUAACUAAUGUUGUAUAUAUACGUUAAUAUGUCCAAAUUGUGUUGAUUUUUCAAUAUAAUUUUUGCAUUA